AUGGCUAAGGAUGACCGCAGCCUCGAGGUCAAGGCGGUUGCGGCCGCCUUUAUGUCAGUUGCGUGUGUGACUGUCAUACUACGAUGUUAUGUGCGCGGAUGGAUCGUGCGAGCCUUCGGCUGGGAUGACUGGGCCAUGGUGGUGGCCAUGGGCUUCUACGCCAUGUUUUCGGGAUGUAUGAUUGGAGGCAGUCUAUACGGUACUGGACGACGUUUCAAAGACUUGGAUGCGCAUCAGCGUGUAACCGCCAUGGAGUACUGGUGGUUUUGUGAGAUCGCCUAUUGUUUUGCGGCCGUCGCCUGUAAAAUAUCCGUCUGUAUUUUCUUGAUGCGCAUCACUGUUCGACGCCUCCAUAUCUGGAUCCUCUGGACCGUCAUUGCCGGCAUGGUCUUCAUGUUCAUCAUGUUGCUGCAGUGCAAGCCACUCGCCUACUUCUGGACUCGCAAGGCCUUCAACCCGGAUAUUCACGGCCAUUGCAUGGACAUUCAAAUCGUCAUCGCCAUGACCUACGUAUACAGUGGGUUCGCAGCACUGUGCGAUUUUACCGUCGGCAUUUUGCCUAUCUUCCUUGUGCGCAAGUUGCAUAUGAAGCAUAAAACGAAAAUGGCUGUGGUGGGCAUUCUGAGUAUGGCAUGCAUCGCCUCCUCUGCUACCAUCAUCCGUAUCCCAUGGGUACAUACCUUCGCGGACUGGGACUUCCUCUACGCAACCGUCGAAAUCGCCCUCUGGUCCAACAUCGAAUGCGGCCUAGGUAUCACCGCCGGCAGUCUCGCCACCCUCCGCCCCCUUCUCCGCAAAUGGCUCGGCUCCAGCGCCGACCACAACUACGACGCAUCCCCAUUCCCCGGUCCCUCCGGCUCGCGCCCGCUCGGCAAAAGCGGCGGCAUGGGACGCAGCCACGACCGGCCCUACCCACUAGGCUCGCUCGACGAAGCCGCCGUGCAGAACCGUCUCCGGCCAGACAAACUGGCCGUGACCGUAACGACGAUCCAAAGCCAGGUGGACCCCGAUACGCGACUCUGGCGCGGCGGGUCAUCGAACAGCAGUGAGGAACGGCUGACGGGAUCCUCGGGCAACGCGGAGCGGACGCAUGGAACAAUCCCCGAGGGGUCUGAUUUGGAAUUAGGCAUGGGAUUAGGUAUCCAUCGGACGUUUGAAGUGACGCAGACUUCCUCGGGAGGCACGUCACAUAGUACUGUGGGGGUGAGGGAGCAUGUCUGA